CAUAACGCCAUUUUGACUUCAUUGAUCGGCUACCGAGAAAAAGCUUCCAACAACAUUGGAAUCCAUGCGAACCUGUUUCUUUGCUUUUGGGGUAGGGGCGAUGGAGAGAGUUAUGAGUGAGUUUUCCUGGCAGUGCAAUGGCUCGUAUUCAGACAUGAAUGCUGCACAUAGAGGAGGCUUACUCCGCAUAAUAUGGAGAAACUAUAGAUUCCGCCCACAGAUCAGUAUGGGUCGCGCGCAUGGGAGCGACUCUGGUACUACCACCAGCGACCUCAUUCGUCUCUCAAUGUUGAUGCUGGGACGAACCUUGCCAUAGACGAUUCAAUUGGUUUUAGCUGUGGCUGCUGCCGCGAUCGAACCGGCAUGUCAUAAGAC